CGCCUCUGAUGGCUCUGAAGCGUGGUCGCGUGCUGGAUUUCGGUGAUAGAACGUGUGCUAUUUUUCGUGAUGGUUUUCUUGCGUGUUUUCAUUGUUCUGACUUUUUUCGACUGAGAUCCAAAUUAAAAAAUGACGCAAAGGUGGUCCGUGGAGCAAAUAACCGUUUUAAUUGAUGCAUACAAAGAGGAGCCGUGUUUGUAUGCAACCAAUUCGCCGAACUAUCACAAUAAAAACCUUCGAACCAUGGCUCUUAAUCGAGUGAACAACGCAGUGUUGAGGUUAAGGCCAGCGUCGACGACAAAAGAGUGCGCAAAUAAAUUUCAUAAUUUGCGAAAUCAAUUUAAUAUCGAGCACUCAAAGGUUAAAUCCUCUUUAAAAAGCGGGACUGGCACCGAUGACAUUUAUAAACCGAGCCUGUGGUACUACCAAAAACUUUUGUUCCUCGAUUCCUACGUGAUCCCGCGUAGAAACAGGACUUCUCUUGAUAGUCAGGUUUCGCUGUCCGAUAUGCCGCUGAGUCAGGGUACAGCAACACACAUGAUGGAAGAGAACUCCGAAGACGGAGCUUAUUACGAGAACGUUGAGUACGUGGAUGAUGUUCUUAUCACAGAGUUUGACGGGAUGAUUCGAGCGCAGGAGAAUCUCUGUGGAUCUUCUUCAACAAUACAAGUGUCGGAUACGCAUAGUACUUCGCUGCAGAUCCAUAAACAUUCAUCACCAUCUCUACAUAGGAGUCGCUCAUCAUCCCUUUCAUCAGUAACGGCCAACAACCUGCAAGAAAAUACAUUUCCACGUCCUCAUAGUUCCUCGCAAUCCAGCUCUUCGACGUCUGGAGUAGGCUCUUCGGCAAAACGCAAAAGAAAGAAUCCGCGAUUGGACGACAGUGACGAAUUUUCCACCGUCAUAAAAAAUUUAACCGAUUCCAUAAAUGCGCCUAUCACCAUCAACACGCCUCCGACAAAUUCAACUCCAGACUGCGUAGAUGGAUUUUUAACAUUCAUGGGGAGCUUACUGCGACAGUUUCAAGAUGAACAAUUGAAGCUGGAGGUAAUGAAUGAAGUUACCCAAUUAAUUAUCAACGCCAAAACUACCGACUACCAUCGAUCAAAAAAUUAAAAAAAAUACCUCAGCUCUUGAAGCUUUAAGCAAUGUACGUACAUCGAUGUUAAAAAUUGAGAGAAAAAGAAACUAAAAAUCCGAAUUUAUACCUGUACGUGAUUGAUCUUGAUGUAUAAAAAAAAAAACAACAAUAAAUAUAAAUUUUAUUCUGA